AUGGAAGACUGUGACUAUGAGAGAAGACUCGAAGAUGAUAGACAACGGGCGGGAAAGGAACUUAGCAAGAAUAUGAAAGAACUUCGUCAUUUGAGUAAGCAUAUCAAAACUGCUCUCGACGCAAUUGAUGCUGUUUUUGACGACGAGCGCAAAAAAACCACGUCUAAUCGUCAGUUACAGCAGAUGAUCGAACAAAAGGGAAUAAAACAUGAUAAUAUUUACUUUCAUCCCGAGAACACGCUUUACCUCAUCAGAAAAUUCCUUGCUGCGGAUGAACUUGUCGACAAUUAUAAGCAAAGAAAGCCUCAAGAUGAAUCAUCAUUAUAUGAUUAUAAAGAAAAAUCUACAGAUGAAUACAACCCUCAGAAAAACGUCAACGAAGGCGCUUAUCCACCUCAGCAGAGUCAUACUCGCGAGUCUGGCCCUUAUGACUAUGUUAAUCGACCACAGGACGACUACAACUCCCCGUCAUUUCAUCACGAACUUCAAAAUGAAAAUAAGGAUGCUAAUAAUAAUAUCGGAAAUAAUAUCGCUGCAAUGUAUGAUGAACACUACAAUCGACCGGGCGUGAAAAGUGAUUCUGCAUCUGGCAUUCAUAAAAAUCCUGUUGACAAGGGAACGAGUAAUGUUUACCCGGAUAACUGGAUGCCUUCAACACCAGAUACAGCCGAGACUCUUGACCAGAAAAUGGCCUCAGAUUGCAAAAUUACAAAGAGUGAUGCGAAGUCAUCAGGAGGAUACAACUGGAAUGAGAAAAUGCAGAAAAAAGCGACAAAUCGUUACUACAAGAUGCCAAUUAAAGACAAGGCAGACCUCAUCAAGAUAAGAGAGCUCGGAGAAGGUCAAGCGACCACUAAAGCUGCAACAGAACUGUUCGAGCGAGAGGCAGGAAUGAAUAAAAAUCAAUUGGAAGCAGAUUCCUCUUCUUUCUUCCUAACGGAGAUCUGUCAACUCAAAUCGAUCUCUUUGAUCUAA